AUGGCCUUCGCCUCCUACUCGCCGCACCGCGAGGGCGGCACUAUGCACCUGGACUUGCCUUCACCUACCUACCGCCUGGACGGCACCCACUUCGCCCACCUGCAACAGCUGCGCCGUUCUCUCUCGCGCUCACCUUCGAAACCCUCGCGCUUCCAGCUGCACAAAUCGGACUCGCCACGCUCACCCAUCUCACCACUAGCACUCGCGCGCGCCUUCAGCCCCAAAGCGCACAAGCCAACAAGUCCCAUCAAGACAUUCCCUGAGUCACCUCUGGGUCAGGCCAUGCCAGCCAAGAAGAAGUUCACCCUGCGACGAUCAACAGCAAAUUUCAAGGCCUCGCCACGCAUACGACAGAACUCAAAAAGCCCGCGUCGCAACGUCCUGGGCGACUCACCCACCGGAGGGAACUCGACAACGCCCUUUUACACGCGCUCCACUUUGGGUCAGGAAAACGACACACCCGCGCGCCCUUCAAGCUCGGAAUCUCUGGAGAGCAUGGACACUGACUGCAGGAAGUUCGGCUUGAACGACCAGCCGAUCAAGUUUGAGUUUGCGCAGCGACGCCCAGAUCUUUCACCUGGCGCGCCCGUUAAGUCAAGUCCUCUCAAGCGUAACGAUGGUGUUAUGAACCUAAGCGGGACACCGACUGGCUUCAGCCCAGUCGCCAAGAGGAGAAGUCUGCACAGCGUCUCUAAUCUUGGUAACGACUUCGAGAGUAUAUUCGGCGAGCCACCAUCGCGCAACAGUAUACACGCAGUACAGUCACCUAUGGAGAACGAGGAGACCAGAAACGGAUUUGACUUUUCCACACCUUCGCAAUCGCCUAUGCGCAGGGCGACAUCACUAAGAAAAUCUACAGUGAUGCAACGAAACGCGAACUCACCACGACCAAAGCCAGCUUUCGACGGUGAGUUUGUGAUGCCUGGCCUUGCAGCCUCCAAGUCGAGGAACCGAAUGUCACUCGACGGCGCUAUCGGCCAAAGUACAACCCCUACACAGACCCCUUUCCGCAAAUCGACGUUCGAUGCUGGGCGCAUGGGGUUGCCUACACCUUUUGUUCGCAACACUGCCGGCGCAUCGCAACCUCACCCACUAUCGCAUGCACACACUCCAUCUUCAACUACGUCAAGCGUCGGUGGAUUCACUCCUAUGGCACCGCCGCGAGCACCCCACUUCGCAGCUCCACCCAGUCGGCCAAACCAGAGUCACCAAUUUUCACGAUCUCUGCCAAUCGGCGUACCGCGCCCACACGCACCAGAAGGAGAGCAUGACUCGUUUGACACACCCUUCAAGUCUGUGCAGCAAGCCCCGGUUGCAUUCUCCACUGGCCUUAUGUCGAAGAAGAACCGAAAUGCAGACGAGCCUGCCAAUGUCUAUGUUAUGCCUGACACACCGUCGAAGAGACAGUCGUACCCUCCUGCGCAGGCAGACAGGACCGACGUUAUCGACACUCCCCUCGUCAAGCGAGGUGGGAGUCUGUUCGGUGAUUGGAACAGGCCACAACCUCAGUUCGGCACCACAAGCACACCAUUUAGUGCACAUGUGUCCAAGUUCUCUACCGAGUCCUUUGGCAAGGGCACGAGCGUCUUUGGCAACAUGGGCGGAUCGCUUCAGCGUCGAGGAAGCAUCGUUAGCGUAGAUGGUGAUGACGACCUCCCUGACAGCCAGUCGCCGACUGCCAACCGCACUAUGGUUGACACCAUGGCUGACACGGAUGCGAGCGUUGACGAUAUGCCACCAACCCCUACUAAGGGCCAUGGUGCAUCGAGUCGCCGUUCCAAGGAGAGCAGCCUCAGGCGCAAGACCUUCCGCUCGCGACCAACUAUUGGCAACGAUACAUUCGCUGCACCAGAGAUUGUCAACGAUUUCAACUCUUCGCACGACGAAAGCACUUCACCACCUCGUGAGCAUCUCGACUCGGCGGACUGCAACUCCUCUUCUGUACAAGCUUCUCUUGCUCGAACUCGGUUCUUGCGGCGCACCAAAACAUUGGCUCGUCCAUCCCCGCUUUCGCAACAGAUACUUCGUACAUCUCUUCUUCUUCCCACUUACAAGAUCAAUGUUAACCAGCCUUUAGCAUCAAUCAUCUCGUUCGGUUCUUCGUCGCCGGGGUCUCCAGGUCUGGACUCAUCCUUCCAGCCAGCUGAGCAGAACCGACUGUCGAUCGUGGGUAACAGGCGUGGUUCGAUGAACUUCAACAGCAGCAUUAGCACCUUCCCUCCAGCCACACCAACCACACCACGUGACCACUCUGUCUUCUUCGCUGAGAACAGGGGUGCCAUUCCCAUCGGUCUUACUAAGAACGACGUCGAUGAGGCAAUUAGCUCGCGCUUCCAUGAAGUUAAGGAGCUUGACGGUGGCGAGGGUGAGUUCUCUAAGGUCUACCGUGUCAGCCAGCCUGUGCAGGGUUCAACACCAAAUUCUCCAGCUGGUAGCCAGGUAUGGGUCGUCAAGAAGUCGAAGAAGCCGUACACCGGUAAGGGAGACCGCGAACGCAAGAUGCGUGAGGUUGAGAUCCUGUAUGCCCUUCGUGGCAACGACCACGUCUUGAACGUCGACGACCACUGGGAGGCCAACGCCCACCUAUACAUCCAGACUGAGUACUGCGAGGGUGGCAACUUGCGCCGCUUCCUUGACACAGUUGGAUAUAGCAGCCGUCUCGAUGAUUUCCGCAUUUGGAAGAUACUGCUGGAACUGUCACAGGGACUUACCUUCAUCCACAACUCGGGGUACAUCCACCUCGAUCUGAAGCCGGCGAACAUUCUCAUCGACUUUGGAGGUUUGCUGAAGAUCGCUGACUUCGGCCUGGCUAGCUCUUGGCCUGCACCCAAAGGCAUCGACGGCGAAGGCGAUCGCCACUACCUUGCACCAGAGGCCCUUUGCGGCCGCUUCGACAAGCCUGCCGAUGUAUUCGCCCUCGGCAUGAUGCUGACUGAGAUCGCCGGCAACUGUGUCAUCCCUGAGAAUGGUACAUACUGGACGAAGCUCAGGUCAGGCGAGUUCGACCACGUACUGCCAAGCUUGACCUGGAGUGCCGACAGCAGCACCUUGAGCCGCGAUGGCAAUGGCGACCCUAUUCCGGACUCUCUUGACACCUUCCUCAUGUCAGAUGAGCCUCAGCCAACGGUCCAGGUACGGACAGCCUCGAGCCCAGAGGAGGAACUUGCCCGCGCCCCGAAGUUCAUGAUCGACUACACCGACCCCAACACUAUGGAUCAGGUCGUCAAGGCGAUGUUGCACCCCGACCCUGACCAGCGACCAACAGCUGAGCAGGUCCUGCAGUGCUUUGGUUGUCAGUGGGUCGACCACAGGAGGCGAGCGGGAGCCACCAUAUACGAGGGCAACUUUGGACCCGGCGAGGAUGUGCUGGCCACAUACGCGCUCGACAACGCUGACGCCGACAUGAUGGACAUGAGCUGA